AUGACUAAUGAGGAAGCAUUUGCUUCGGGAAGCUCUUCUGCUCCACCACCUCCAGAGCACGAUGUUGCAUCUGUUAAACUAGACAAGUUACUUGCUUUUCAAUAUUCCAUUUCUCAAUCCAAAGGGAAAGGAAUUUCUAUUGGCUCCAGGAAAGGAGGUGAUGAAGACUCACAUCACACCAUCUCUGAGCUUAAACAAGAGAUUAUGUUUUUGAAACAAGAGUCCAUUGAGAAGGACUUACUGAUUGGUAGUCUGGAUGUGCGAGUUUCUAAUCUUGAACAGGAGAACUCUUUUCAAGAUGCGAAGAUUUCAGAGCUUCAAGCAAAUCUUGGUGGUAUAACUGCUUUAUUCUUUGACUUGAAACAUCGCUUACAUCAGAAGUUUGGUGAUGAUUUUCAACCUUUAAGCACUGAAGGUGAAAAGAUUUCUGCUUCUAGUUCUGAUCCAGUCGAUCCACCUUCUCGACAUGCAAGUGAAUGA